UCAGUUUUUCUUCAAUUUUUCGGUAAUAUUAACCUCAACAAUAUCCUCUGGCAACGCGUAAAUCUUUGCUCCAAUCUUUCGUCCACAAGUGAUUGCAUAUUUUGCAUUUGACAUUUUAUCCUCAUUACUUUUGCCACUUUUCACCAAACUAUGAUCAAUAACGUUUGGUUUAAUUGAAUCAAUCAGAUCCAAUACAACUUUUCCAUCGGAAAUUGCCGGGUCUUGGAACGAUCGAAUUGAUGUGGAUUUUCCAGAAUUUUUGAGCUUUUCGUUAACCCAUGCAACAAUAUCCUUAUCAGUUGGCAGAGAAUCACCAGAUUGAGUAUAUUGAGCAAGAACUGAGAGGGUAUAGGCACGCAUUAGCUGCCAAACGAGAGCUAAUGUCAAUAUUUGAUUGCCGUCGUAGAUAUCUGUAACGAAAAAUUGGGUAAAUUUGGAGAAAAAUGCGAUUUUUUGGACAGGAAAAAACUACGACGACCGCGAUAAGCGUUUCGAUAUUCUGCACAUCUUCUCUUCAUUCUCGCCGCAUGACUGUGAUCUCCUUCCAAAUUCAGCUUUCCAUCAGUUGAGGUAAACUUGGAAAUUCGUUUUCCUUCAUCGAGCUCAACAUCUCCCAGUGUUCUGAUUCUGGAAAUUAAAGUUGGGAAUUUUCAAAAAAGAGCGCUUGAUCAUACUGUGCCAGAAAAUCAUCGAAAACUUCCGCAGCGAAUCCAAACAUGACGCGAAGACGCUCCUCAAUACUGUAAUCCACAAGUUUUGCCAUAUUCGGUGCUAGUUGAUUGUAAAAUCUAAAUCAAAAGUCUUAAAAAGAAGAAGGAAUGCUCUUAUCACCGUUUAUAAUAGACUCCGUCCGUUCGUCCUUCUCCUUCAAGCUCACUAAAUUCUCUGAAUAAUUUUGCUGCAACCACAGGCUCAAUGGUAUCCUUUGUCUUUUCAACGAGAUAAUUCAUAAAUCCAAUCUUGCAGAAAUAUUCUGAUCUCCUUGCAAUUUCAACUUUCCAUCAUACGAUGUAAAUUUGCAAAUUCGAUGUUUCUCAUCCAACUCAACAUCUCCUAUUGUUCUGAUUCUGUAAAGCAAAUAUCGGAAUUUUCAAAAAAAAAGUGCAAGUCCAUACUGUGUCCGAAAGUCAUUGGAAACUUCUGCAGCGGAUCCAAACAUGACUCGAACUCGCUCCUCGAUACUAUAUUCCUCAAGUUUUGCCAUAUUCGGCGCCAGAUGCUCGUGAAAUCUGAACGAAAAUUCUUGAAGAGAAGCCGGAAGAAUCUGCUCACUUGUCAUAAUAGACGUUACACGAUAAUCCAUCAUUUUCAAUCUCACUGAAUUCCGUGAGAACCUUCGUUACCACCAAUGGCUCAAUAAUAUCCUUCGAAAAAUCAAAUCAACUGGAUCGAAUAAUUCUACAAUGAAGGCCAAAGAUUUCCUGGUCAAGUUCAAAUUCUUCCUUCUUGGACUGGAUUUUUCCGAACUUCUGGAGCUUCAACAAAAUGUUCAAGAGAAGAUUGACGAGUCAGAUAUUGCAGAGAAGAUUCUCAUGUACAGCGACAUCCGCCAUGCUCUCCAAAACCUACUCUCCACAAUUUCUCAAUAACUCGAAUAUUUAGUUCUCAUUGUUUUUGACUGCAAAAUUUCUCCAUUUUCUACGUUUUUCUGUUAUUGUUUCGUUCAUAAUUGUUAUUUAUUCACUCACUUUUUU